AUGUCGCCGUCGACACAAUCCAAGUCGACGAGCGUGUUCCAUGCGCUAGGAUCCUACGCGGAUCGCACCAAGGAUGCCACCGGCAAGACGAUAACUCCCAACGGCUCGGCCUCGCACUCGCCCGCUGCUGUCUCGAGCUCCUUGUCGUCACCGACCCCCGCGACUACUCCCAUGCCUUCCACGAGCACGAGCAAAGCUGCGCCUGCCGCACCCGCUGCUGCUCCUGUUGAUGACGACGAUGAGUCGUGGGAGACUGUUAGAAGCAGUCGCCAGAAGCCUCGUGUGGAGCGCAACACCGAGGAGAAGCGAGGUAGCAACUCGCGCAACUGGCGGGAACGCGAGGAGAAGCCCAAGGCAUCGACCGAGGAGAAGGAGGAGUCUCGAAGUCGCCCCUCGAAGAAGGAAUCGCGCCCUUCAAGUACUACGCCGUCGGCGCAGGCUUCGGCUUCGACUUCUCGCGCGGCCUCUGUAGCCCCUUCCAAGCCUGCUUGGGGAGGUUCGGCACCAGGACAGUCGGCGGUCGCGCCACCCACCGCCGCCUCCACUUCCAACGCCACCCCUUCAGCUGCCAACUCUGUGAACGGAGCGGCGCGACCGGCUGCUGCCAAGAACGGCGAGGCUUCAACGUCUUCCGAGUCCACCAUCAAGGGGAAUGCCUCCGACGAGGGGAGCUGGCGAGCUAGGCCCAAGGCGGAGGAGAAGCCGGCAGCACCGGUACCCAAGCAGGCUGCUGCCCCUCCCGCUGUGAAUGCCUGGGACCUGAGGAAAAAGCAGGCCCCCACCCCCAAUCACGGAACGCGCCCGUCCAGUUCCACUCCGCUUCAGUUUGGGUCUGUAGCGGCUUCUGGCUCGAUGCCUACUGAGAACAAGUCGGCGUCGGAGUCUGCUUCGACUGAGACGACUAAGCCGAAGAAGAAGAAAAAGGAGAGCGCUCCCCCUCCUGUCUCGGACGUCAACAUGUGGCCGGACGUCAACGCUGCCAAGAGCGACGAGAAGAAGUCCAAGCAGGACAAGAAGACGGGUAAUGCUGCUGAGGCAGCUGCCCCCGUUGAGGAGCCGACAUCGGGUAACGUCGCCGGGAAGAAGGCCAAGUGGACGCCCAUCCCGGCAGCUGAGCUUCAGGAGGCUGCCGAUAAGGCGGCGGAGAGCAGCCGGCAACGCAAGGCGAAGCGUGGACCGAAGGAUGACUCGGAAUCGAAGGGACAGCGCGGCAAGAAGGGCAACUCCGAUAAGAAGGGAGGAUCUCGGGCGCAGCGCUCCGGGUCACAUAGUGAACCACAUAACGCUCGCAUGAACGGCAACGCCUUCCGCUUCAACGGGUCUGAGACGGGUGACGCACCUAACGGUGCGGAGUUUGCCAACGGAGCUGGCAGUACCCCGAUGUCUCGUUCCGGCAGCGCCCUGGAUAAGCGUUCGCCGGGCGGCACGCAACUGCCGUUAUCCCCUGAGCAGGCGGGUCGUGACGAGCACAGCCGGCCAACAGGCGGCAAUGCUUCCCAACAGGGCUAUGGUGCCAACGCCACUCUCCCCCGCGCCCCGCGAGGACGGGACCGUGAGGGACGCGGAUAUGGCGGACGUGGACGCGGUGGAUAUCGAUCGGUCUCGCAAGCCACCGGAGGAGGAAGGUACGACCUCUCGCCGCUCCAGGGCAAUGCGGAGCUUGCUCAUGCCUACACGCGCGGUUACGGUAUGGGCUACAGCUACUACCCCAUGCCUCCCGCUGGCUUCGUGAUGCCCGUGGACCCGUCGCAUGCCACCUACCCUGGUAUGCCCAUGUACGCUCGCGGCACUCUCCCUCCGCCACCUCUGCCAGUUACCCAGGUCCCUAACUUGGACCCGCUGCGGUACUGGGUUCUCGGGCAAGUCGAGUACUACUUCUCCAUGCAGAACCUGGCGAUGGACUUCUUCCUUCGUCAGCAGAUGGACCUCGAGGGCUGGAUCGACAUCUCGAUGAUCGCGUCCUUCAACCGCAUCAAGUCGUUGACCCCUGAUGUUGCUAUUGUCCGCGAGGUUAUGGAGAUGAGCUCCUUACUCGAGGUCAAGGGCGACAAGGUCCGCCUGGGUGGUGGUGAGGCUAAGCGCUGGGUGCUUCCGGACGCCAAGCCGUCGAGUCUGGAGGGCUCGGGCUCCACCCUGACGUCGCCGAAGAAGUCUUCUGAGGCGACUGAGAUAUCUCAUGGCUUACCUCCUUCGGUGGACACGGGAGUGUCCGCCCUCGGUAUUGAGAACAUGAUCCCUGUUUCUCCUCCUACCAAGUUCGAUGUCGAGAACGCGCUCAUGAAGAGCUCUGGGAGCGCCAAUGUAAGCUCGACCGCCAGCGUUCUCGCCUCUGACGAUGCCAAGACGAUGACCCCCGCCACCAGCAUCGCCGGUGACACGAAUGCGAGCGACAACGAUGAUGCCUCCAAGGGCAAGUGA